AAACAACAUUUCUAUGGACACCAGCCAGACAGACACUCAUUCGCGUUUAUACCUUCGUCGACAAUCAAAGUACGCGGAGUAAUUGACUAAAAUAAAUACUUUUAACAAGUAAAAAAUAAUUCGAAAAAAGAAACCAACAACAACAAUCAACAAACAGUGUAACAAAAACACUCUUGAAGCAAUAACAACAAAUUACAAAAUAAGAUAAAACAGUAAAUACGAAUAAAUAGAAGAAUAGUACGUACGGGUAUGUACAGUGUGAAUAAUACGCAAACAAAAAAGCUAAAAAAAAUACGAAAAUAUACGCAAAAAUUUUAAAACAAACGGCUAGCAGCAGCUGUUUUUCAUGAGGAGUACAAAACGAAUCCGAAUAACUUAAAAAAAUAACAAAAACUAUGUAUGUUUUUCGAAUAAAACAGCAACAACAAUAACAAAAGCAUUGAAGCGGAAAUUAAACAAAACAAACAAAAACUACAACAAAAAAGCAAGCAGCAGCAUUUAGUUACGUUUUUCAUUUCAACUGGAAGCUUGUUUGAUUCACUGUUUGUUGUUUUAAACUAAACAACAAUAGCAACAAAAACAAAACAAUUUUAUUAUGAAGCUACAUGAGACGACACAACUGAUAACUGCGGAUUGAAAAUUAAAGGAAAAUAACAAUAAUAAAAUAAAAUUAAAUUGAAAUACAAAAAAAUAUAUAAGAAAUUGUGAUAAAAAAAUAAGUGAAUGAAAGAAAGUAAACAAACAACAAAAGUGCUUUAAAUAAUUAGCACAAAAUUAAAUUAUAUACUACAGAACCAACAACCAACAACAGGUAAUACUACAACAGCAAAAACAACAAAUUCAAAGAUAAAAGCCGAAAGAUGAUAAAUAAAUUAAACAAAAUCAAAAAUUAAACAUAAACAAAAAUUUCCAAAAUGUGAUUAACCAAAACAUAAUAAAAAAACAGUGAAUAAUUAUUAUUUCAUUAAUUAAAAACAAAUAUUCAAAAAAAUAUAUAUAAAAAAAAUACAAAUUCAAAACAAUGUCUUCAAGUUUAGCUGAAAAUUUAAAACUUGAAAUUUUUCAAACACAAAAAGAGCAGCAACUGGUCAAUAAUAGUUCAACAGAUUAUGAACAGCAACAAAAAGUUGCAGAAAACAAAACAACGAAAUCGUCUUUAGCAAAAAAAAGUUUCGAUAAUUCGCGUUCUUCCGAUAGCGGUAAAAGCAGCAGUUGUAGUCCCAUUUUAUUGGACUGCAGCUUCGAUAGCGGCAUUGCUGGCGUUCUACUGGAUAGCAACGAAAUGCAAUUACACAAGCGUAUACAACAAUAUCAGUGUAUACUAUUAGCAUUGGAACGUGAUCGAGAAUAUUUUUUUACAAUAAGAAACCGAUUAAGCAAAAUUACCAAUAGAAAAAAGAAGCAAUCAAAUGAAAAUGAAUUCUUUUGUAAUGUCUGCUGCGCAGAAAUUGAUCCAGAAGAUGAUAAAACAUUUGUAAAAUGCUAUAUCUGUCAGAAAUAUAUUUGUCGCAGUAUUAAAUGUGCUGAUUGGCUGCCAAAAACUGCUGAAUGGGAAUGCGAGCUGUGUCAAACAUCUAAAGAAUCUCUGGCUCAAACUUCGUCAUGGGUGGCUGAUCAGAUAUCAUUUCAUCAGGAGAAAUUAAUACAUCCGCCAAGAGCUAGAAGUGAAAUUUACAUUCCAAUAAGUGAAUGUAAUGACAGUUCUAUACAUUUUGAAAGUGUUAGUCAAAUUGGUGCUAAUUCUUCUAUGAUAACAGCUGAGCAAAAACUUAAAAUAAGAGAAUAUGUCGAAGAAGUAGUCGCCAAAUUAUUGGGAGGUAAUUUGGAUACGAUCGCUGUCAAUCAGUUGUCAAAAAGUGAAAAUUAUCUUAACUUGUUUCACAAGUAUCACUCAAAAUUGAGUAAUAUUUUAAUAAAUCUGGAAAAUGUUUUAACAUUUUACACACACAAUCAUGGCGAUUUACCUGAUCCCAAAAAUGACCUCAGUUCUAAUGGUAUUUCUGGAGAAUCAGUACGUGUUAGAGCAAGCAAUAAUGAUUUCACAGACAUUUCUGAGACGCGUUUGCGUCAGAUGAUACAAAAAAUUAUUGCAGAAACAAUUAGUUUACCACCGUUAUCAAAAAAUCAUGCUGUAUCGGAAAUUGCACUCGACAGACGCAGUAAAGCGAGCGAUAAUAGACCCUUGGCCAACGGUUAUUAUCCUAGACAUCGUACAGAGCAUUAUUUUGAACCGACAAUAUAUCAAGAUCUUUUAGCAACGGCUGUCUUGAAUAAGAUUGUCGAUAAACAAUUAAAUAAUAAUCAUGAGAUUACUGAAACUGAUACCGGUGGUGGUGGCGGAGAUGGAGAGGAUGAAGAUGUCAAUGAUAAUAUUAGGCUUGCAGAAUCAGAUCAAAACUUUAACAUUGAAAAAUUAUCGACCACGUCUGGAAGUUCUGUUGAGCCUCAAAGUGAUUGCAGUUAUCCAGAAGCGGAACAAAUACUCAACAACAAUGAUGACAAAUCUUCAGAAAUGAUUCGAAACUCAGAUCGGGACUCGGUAAUGAGUGAUUAUUUAGCUUCUCACUUGAUACCUUUACCCGAUUUAAACGCAAUAGCUACUGAAUCGGAGGAAGAAGAUUACAUGUCAGUAACGUCUAGUGCCAUUGGCGAUGGUACUUGGGAGACAAAUUGGUUGUUUAAAAAGAAGAAAUCGGGCUUAGGCAGCACUGUUACUACAAAUAGUGUUGGCAUGUUAGUGCCGGACCCGAAAGAAGAUGUACGUGCCCAAAUCGGUGAUAAAACUGCUGAUGAAGUUAGUGACUUGUCCGAACUUGGAUCGGAUACUGAUGAUUCACUGGAUAGUUUGCGAUCAAAAUUAGAACCAAUCAACGAUCGUCUGGCUAACAAACAUUUAAUAGGCGGUCAGAACAGUAAAAUGGUCUUGGAUGAACUUAUUGAACGCAGCAGUAUGAUAUCCAAUACCUUGCAAAGCAAUCAGGAUAUAUUGGAUGUAUGUAACGAACAUGUUAUCGAUGCUCCAAUUAAAACUGAAGCCAUAAAUGAUAAUGUAACUCAACAAGAAAUUACACUUGAGCAGAACGGCCAUAACCUUAGAGGCGCCUUAUGUUCAGUUGUACUCGAAGACCAGAACAGCAACUCAUUAGCGGCCAGCGAUGAUACUUCUGAGUCUGAUGGGUGUAUUGGUUUUAGUGCCAUAGAAAUCAUAGAACCUAUCCCAGAUACACCUUCAGUUGUUGAAAUUUUAGCUGCUAUGGCUUUAGGUCCCAUGCUGGCUGUUCCGUCACUUGAUCAGCCAGCAACAUUAACUGUUUCAGACUUUAAUGUUUUUACUGAUUUAAAGGAAUUGGCCUUAGCAGAAAUUAAAGCACGCUCAUUAGAAUUAACUCCUCGUAAUUUGGACGUUAUUCCAGAAGAAACAGAUAAUGUUAUUGACUGUAAAGAUAUAACAACUUUAGAUGAAGUUGAACUCAGUGAAAAUGAAACGAUCGUAAAUUCACCUGAAUUAUUUUCAUCAAUUUCACCACAGGAAAACACAGAAUCUAGGAUUUUCUCUACAUAUAAACCUGAAACUGAAGAAUCCUCAGCCGACAAAUUGACCAACGAAAACAUUUCACAUUCUUCAACCACGAGCACAACAUUAAUUUUCGAUAGUUCCCGUACUGAAGAAAUCAUCUUAUCUGAUAAGUCGGAAAGAAGAAAUGAAACAGAUAUUUCUAAUUCUAAUAAACACGAAAUAUCAUCGGAUUUAAAAUCUAUUGACAAUGACAAUGCUGAAAUGAACACUAAUUAUGAUAAUCGAAGUGAGUGUUUGCAAUCAACUGUAAUUAGGAAACAAGAAUCAUCUGAAAUACAACUGCAAGACUCUGAAAACUCUAAAACUGAAGAAGAUACACCAAGUGAAUAUUCCAAAGAACUCGAUAAAAGAACACCGAAUUUUGAAAACAAAACUGAGGACAUUCCAAUUGAUGAGAUUCCGAUUGAUGAGAUAUCGGAUACGAAUUCAAAAGAAUUUGUCAAAACGAAUUUUAAAGAAGAAACUCCUGAAAUAGAGACUGAACAAAAUAUAAACUCUUCGGAAGAACAGUCUAAAUCACUAGAAUCUGAAGUAAUUAACAAACAAGAAUCAAAUUUUCCAAACGGUGAAACUACAGCCGAAAAUACAGAUAUCAAAGAGGAAUUCACAAUUGAUUAUCAUAUUUCAAAAGAUGAUGCAAAAAAACUUGAGCAAUUUUCUGAAACGCGUCCUGAACAAAAUCAAACUAUUUUAGAAGAACAAUUGUCUGGGGCACCAAUUGAAAGUAACAUAGAUUCUACAAAAAGUGAAACUAUAUCAACCUGUAUAGAAAAUGUUAAAACACUUGAAGAUACCGCAUUCAAUGAACUGUCUUCUAUAAGACAAACUGAACAAAAUGUUAAAAUUUCGGAAGAACAAUCAUCAAAUAACCCAUCAGAGUAUAUUUUAAGAUCUUCUAAUACUGAAUCUCUAAAUUCGGGUACAGAAACCAGCGUAGAACCCAAAACUGAAAAUAAUAUAUCAAUCAAUUCAAUAGUACUCGUCGAAUUAAUUUCUCAAGAACAAUCCGAAAGUAAUGAAACGGUUUUGGAGGAACAAUCAUCUAAACAUGAUAUAUUAAUGGAUAACUCAAAAGGACUUGAUGAAAAAAUUUCUACAGAGAAGCCAUUUGAGACACAAUAUAAAGAAAAGAUACCAACUGAAAUUAAUUUAGAUUCUCCGAACAAUGAAACUGGAUCCGACGUUACAGAAAUCAAAGAGGAAUCAGAAACUGAUAAUUAUAUAUCGAAAGAAACUGCAAACCCUCUUAACGAGAUAGAUCUAAAUAAGCAGGCCUCUGAAAUAUUGAGUGACCAAAAUGUAAUAUUUUCGGAGGAAAAAAUAUGUGAUAUUGCAGCAAAAAGUAAUUUGGAUUCUUCGAACAGUACUGCUGAAUCUGAGUGCACAGAAUUAAAAAAUCAGUUUAACACCGAAGAUAAUUUAUCAUAUUCACAUGAACAAUCAUCAGAUAUGACACUGGAAAGUAAAUCAGAUUCACCGAUGUGUGAAGAUCCAUCCGCGUAUACAGCUGUCCCAUCCAAUACAGAAUGCGAUAUAUUAAGUGAAAACUCAAAAGGACUUGACGAAACAAUUUGUACAGAGAUAGCUGAGGCACAGACAGAAGAAAAUAAAUCAACAACUGAAAGUAAUUUAGAUUCUUCGAACAACGAGAUUAUAGAAAUUAAAGUAGAAACAAAAACUGAUGAUAAUACAUCAAAGGAAACUGCAAAUCUUUUAAAAGAGUUGGAUACAAAUAAGCAGUCCUCUGAAUCACAAAAUGAAGAAAAUGUAAUAUCUUCGGAUGGAAAAUCUUGUAAUUUUGCUGAAAGCAGUAGUUUAGAUUCUUCGAACCUUGCAACUCAAUCUGAGUGUACAGAAUUAAAAAGUCAGUUCUACACUGAGAAAUAUUCAGAUGAACACUCUGCAGAUAUGACACUGGAAAGUAAAUCAAAUUCAUCGAAGGGUGAAGAUCCGUCUGCGUGUACAGCGGUCGCAUCCAAUACAGAAUGCGAUAUAUUAAGUGAAAACUCAAAAGGACUUGACGAAACAAUUUGUACAGAGAUUGCUGAGGCACAGAUAGAAGAAAAAAUAACAAUUGAAACUAAUUUAGAUUCUUCGAACAAUCAGGUUACAGAAAUCAAAGUAGAAACAAAAAAUGAUGAUAAUACAUCAAAAGAAACUGAAAACAUAUUAAACGAGUUGGAUGCAAAUAAGCAGUCCUCUGAAUCACAAAAUGAAGAAAAUGUAAUAUCUUCGGAGGGAAAAUCUUGUGAUAUUGCUGAAAACAGAAGUUUAGAUUCUUCGAACAUUACAACUCAAUCUGAGUGCACAGAAUUAAAAAUUCAGUUUAAUAUUGAAGAUGAUAUUUCAAACAAAAAUACAAAAGACAAAAAUUCUCAAGAGCAAUUAACUAGAAAAUCUAAUUUGAAAACUGAAAUUGAUGAUAGUGUAACAAACAAAAAUUCAACAGAACUCGAUAUAACAAUUUGUGAGGAGCAGUGCUUUGAAAGUCUGACAGAAUUAAAUUUAACUAAUGCGAAGGAACAAUCCUUAGAUAUGCCACGGGAAAGUAGCACUGAAGUUCCAUCAGCGUGUACAGAGGUCAAAGUCGAACCAAAUACAGAAGAUGAUAUACUAAUGCAAAACUCCAAAAGCCUUGAGGAACAUAUUUUUAGCGAGAAACAGACAGAAGAAAAGAUAACAACUGAAUGUUCUUUAAAUCCUUCGAACCAUGAAACCGGAUCUGAGGUUAUAGAAACUUUUGAAACACAGAAUGAAGAAAAUACAAUUUUUUCGGGGGAAAGAUCAAAUGAUAUCUCACUCAAAAGUAUUUCAGAUUCAUACGGUAAAGUUCCAUCUGCGUGUACAGAAUUCAAAGUCGAAUGCGAAGCAGAAAAUGAUAUAUUAACUGAAAAGUCAAAAGAACUUGAAGAAAGAACAUCAAGGGAAAAGUCUUCUGAGGCACAGACAGAAAAAAAUAUUACAACUGAAAGUAAUUUAGAGGUUACAGAACUUAAAGAGGAAUCUGAAGCUAAUGAUAGUAUAUCAAAUGAAAAUUUUAAUAAAAAAUCUUCUGAAAUACACAGCGAACAUAAUGUACUAUCUUCAGAGGAAAUAUCAUCUGAAAAAUCUGAGUACACUGAAUUAAAAAAUCAAUUCAACGAAAAAUCAGAAGCACCAGACGAAAGAAAUUCUCAAAAACUAUUAUAUACAGAAUCCAAUCCGAAAACUAAAAUUGGUGAUAGCGCGACAAAUAAAAAUUCAACAGUACUACAAUCAUCAGAUAUUCCACUGGAAAGUAAAUCGGAUGCACCGAACAUUAAAGAUCCAUCCACGUGUACAGAUAACUUAAAAGGAUUUGAUGAAAAGGCACAGAUGGAAGAAAAGAUAACAAAUGAAAGUAAUUUAGACUCCUCCAGCCAUGAAGCCAGCUCCGAGGUUACAGAAAUCAAUGAGACUUAUGAUAACAUAUCAAAUAAAAAUUCAAUUCCCCUUAAUGAGAUAGAUUUAAAGGUGAAUUUCUCUGAAGCACAGACUGAAACAAAUUUAACAUCUUUGGAGAAAAAACCAUCAGAUAUACCACUGGAAAGGAAUUCAGAUUCACCGAACGAUAUGUCUGAAAGUGCUAAAAACAUUUCAAACGAAAAUUCAAAUGUAUCAAACAAAACAAUAUCUCAAGAACAAUCCCCUGAAACAUAUACUGAACAAAAUGAAAGAAUAUCGGAUGAAAAAUUAUCAGAAUCUAAUCUAAAAACCAAAAUUGAUGAUAAUGUAAAAAAUGAAAAUUUUAAAGGUUUCGUCGAAACUAUUUCUAACGAAAAUUGUUUUGAAACUCUAACCGAACAAAAUAUAAUAUUUGUGGAGGAACACCCAUUAUAUAUUGCACAGAAAAGCAAUAUAGAUUUACCAAACAGUGAGGUUGUUUCCGAUACUGUGGAAAAUAUAUCAAACAUAAAUUUAAAUGCAUUUGACGAAACAAUUUCUAAAGUGAACUCUUCGGAAUUACACACUGAAGAAAAUAUACCAGUAAAAAGUAAUUUAAAUUCUCCUGAAAAUUCAAAAAUUAAUGUAGAAUCUGAAACUGAUGAUAACAUAUCAAAUGUAAAUCCAAAACCACUUAACGAAAUAAUUUCUAAAGAGCAGUGCCUCGAAAAACGAACUGAACAAAUGGUAGAAAAAUCAUCCGAUAUAGCUGUGGCGAGUAAUUUAGAUUCAAUAAUAAUUAAAGCCUCGUGUUCACAACACAUCGUCGAAUCGAAAGCUGAUUAUAAUAUUUCAAAUGAAAAUCCGCAAUCCGAAACGAACGACAACAAUUUAAAAGAAAUUGAUAAUUCUACAAUUUCUCAAGAACAAUCCUCUGAAACAAAGAUCGAUCACAAUGAAACAGUUUUGGAAGAACAAUUAUCUACAGAAUCGAAUAUGCAAUCCAAAACAAAUUCAAAUAUAUCUGACGAAAUAUCUUGUUAUGAACCAGACCCAGUAGAAUCCAAUACUAAAGAUGAUAUAUCGAAUGAAAAUUUUAAAACAUAUGAUAUAGUUUUAAUGGAGCAGUCCACUGAAACACAGUCUGAUCAAAAUAUACCCUCGGAGGAAAAACUAUCUGAUUCAGUAUUAGAUAAUAAAUGUGAUUUUUCGAAUAAAACCGAAAGCGCAGAGUCCAAAUCUGAAACAAUUUCUCAAGAAAAUUCAAAAGCACACGUCGAAACACAUAAAGAUCUGUCCCCUAACAAACAGAUUGAAGGAAAUAUAACAUCGUUAGAGGAACAGUCGUGUGAAAUACUUUUGAAAAGCAUUUCAGAAUCUUCGAUUGUUGAAGCUGAAUCUUCAUGUACGGAAUCCAAAAUUAAAUGCAAUACUUUAAAUGAUAUAUCAAAUGAAAUACAUGAGGAAAUCAUUUCUGAAGAACAGCCUUCGAAGGCGAAGGAAAAUACAACAACUGAUAUUCGUCUGGAAAGUAAUUCUGAUUCUCUAAACAAUGAAGUUACAUCCGAGGUUACAGAAAUCAAAGUAGAAUCAAAUAUUGAUGAUUGCAUUUCAAAUGAAAGUUUAAAACCAUACAGCGAAAUAAAUUUUAUACAGCAGUCCUCUGCAACACUGAUUGAAGAAAAAGCCAACCUACAAUUUGAAACUGGUGAUGAACAUUUAAAUGAACACCAAACUGAAGAAAAUUUAUCAAAUAAUAAUUUAAAUAUACUUGAAGAACCAAUUUCUCAAGAACAAACGCCAGACACAGAGACCAAACGAAAUGAAUCAGUUUUGGAUGAACAUUUAUGUUCUGAUUCCAAUUUACAAUCCAAAACUGAAGAUGUCAUUUUAAAUGAAAAUGUAAAAUCACUAAAUGAAAUAAUUUCCAAAGAGCAGAGCCACAAUACACAGACUGAACCAACUGUAAAAUCUCCAGAGGAAUCAUUGUUUGAUAACAGUACCUCAGAUUUACGCAGUUUUACUCCAUCAAAUGAAAAUUCAAAAUUCCAUGAAGAAAUCGUUUCUGAAGAAGCCUCUGCAAAUACAACAACUGAUAUUCCACUGGAAAAUAACACAGAUUCUACAAACAAUAAAGAUGCAUCUGAGGUUACAGAAAUAAAAGUAGAAUAUAAAUCUGAUGAAAACAUAUCAAAUAACGAAAUAAUUUUAACAGAGGAUCCCUUUAAUAGACCUACAGAACAAAUGGAAGAAAAAUCUUCCAUUCUGAUAUGUAAUUCAGAUGAUAUAAAGAAUGAUGCAGUGCCCAUGUGUUCGGAACUCAUCGAAUCGAAAACAGAAAAUUUAUCAAGCGAAAUUUUUAAAGUUGUAUCCGUAGUCGAACCCAAAACUGCAAUUAAUGUAUCAUUCGAAGAUUCAAAAGUAACCAACGAAGAACAAUCUUCUGAAAUGCAGGCCGAUCCGAAUGAAACAGCUUUAAAAGUACAAUUAUCUACAGAAUCCAAUUUUCAAUCUAAAACUGAAGAUUUCCUACCAAAUAAAAAUGUAAAAGCAUUUGACGAAACAAUUUCCAAAGACCAGAGCCUACAAUCUGAACCCAAUGCUUUAUCUUCAGAGGAACAAUCAACAAACGUAAUUUCUGAAUCACAGACAAUAACUAAUAUUGCACUGGAAAGUAAUUUAGAUUGUAUGGUUAAUGAAGUAACAGAAGUAAAAGCAUUUAACAAAAUAAUUUUCGAAGAGCAGAACCACCAAACACAGACAACACCAAUUGCAUUAUCUUCAGAGGAACAAUCAUCUGAUAUCCCACUUAAAAGUAAUUCAGAUUUACCGAAUAUUAAAUCUUCAUUAAAUGAAAAUUCAGAAGAAAUCAUUUCUGAGGAGCGGUUUUCUGAAGCUUGCGCAAAUAUAACAAUUGAUAUUUCACUGGAAAAUAACUUAGAUUCUAAGAACAAUGAAGCUGCAUCCGAGGUUACAGAAAUCAAUUUAGAAUCUAAACCUGAUAAUAACAUAACAAAUGAAAAUGUUAAACAGCUUAACGCAAUUGCUGUCUUAACAGAACAGUCCCUUGAAACACUGACUGAACAAAUGGGAGAAAAAGCACCCGUUAUAGUACCCAUGUGUUCAGAACUCAUCGUCGAUUCUAAAUCUGAAAACAACGCAUCAAAUGAAAAUUUAAAAGAUCUUGACGAAACGGUUUCUCAAGAACAAUUAUCUUCCAAAGAAAACUUACCUGAAGAUAUCAGUAUCCAAUCUAAAACUGAUGACGAAAACUUAAAGGAACUCAACGAAACAAUUUCUCAAGGACAAUGCUCUCAAACACUGACCGAGGAAACUGAAACAAUUUCGAAUGAACAAUUAUCUACAGAAUCCAAUAUUCAAUCUAAGACUGAAGAAAACAUAUUAAGUGAAGAUAUAAAUGUACAAUCUAAAACUGAUGACGAAAACUUAAAGGUACUCAACGAAACAAUUUCUCAAGAACAAUGCUCUGAAACACUGGCCGAGGAAACUGAAACGAUUUCGAAUGAACAAUUAUCUACAGAAUCCAAUAUUCAAUCUAAGACUGAAUACAAUAUAUUAAAUGAAGAUAUAAAUGUACAAUCUAAAACUGAUGAUGAAAACUUAAAAGAACUCAACGAAACAAUUUCUCAAGAACAAUCUUCUGAAAUACUGAUCGAGGAAACUGAAACAAUUUUGAAUGAACAAUUAUCUACAGAAUCAAAUAUUCAAUCUAAGACUGAAGACAACAUAUCAAAUGAAGAUAUAAAAAUACAAUCUAAAACUGAUCACGAAAAGUUAAGAGAACUCAACGAAACAAUUUCUCAUGAACAAUCAUCUGAAACACUGGCCGAGGAAACUAAAACAAUUUUGAUUGAACCCUUAUCUACAGAAUCCAAUAUUCAGUCUAAGACUGAAGACAACAUAUCAAAUAAAGAUGUACAACUACAAUAUAAAACCGAUGACGAAAACUUAAGAGAACUCAACGAAACGAUUUCUUAUGAACAAUCCUCUGUAACGAUGAUCGAGAAAACUGAAACAAUUUUGAAUAAACAAUUAUCUACAGAAUCCAAUAUUCAAUCUAAGACUGAAGACAACUCAUUAAAUGAAGAUAUAAAUGUACAAUCUAAAACUGAUGACGAAAACUUAAAGGAACUUAACGAAACAAUUUCUAAACAAUGCUCUGAAACACUGACCGAGGAAACUGAAACAAUUUCGAAUGAACAAUUAUCUACAGAAUCCAAUAUUCAAUCUAAGACUGAAUACAAUAUAUUAAAUGAAGAUAUAAAUGUACAAUCUAAAACUGAUGAUGAAAACUUAAAAGAACUCAACGAAACAAUUUCUCAAGAACAAUCUUCUGAAAUACUGAUCGAGGAAACUGAAACAAUUUUGAAUAAACAAUUAUCUACAGAAUCCAAUAUUCAAUCUAAGACUGAAGACAACAUAUCAACUGAUGAUAUAAAAAUACAAUCUAAAACUGAUCACGAAAAGUUAAGAGAACUCAACGAAACAAUUUCUCAUGAACAAUCCUCUGAAACACUGACCGAGGAAACUAAAACAAUUUUGAUUGAACCCUUAUCUACAGAAUCCAAUAUUCAAUCUAAUACUGAAGACAACAUAUUAAAUGAAGAUAUAAAUGUACAAUCUAAAACUGAUGACGAAAACUUAAAGGAACUCAACGAAACCAUUUCUCAAGGACAAUGCUCUGAAACACUGAUAGAGGAAACUGAAACAAUUUCGAAUGAACAAUUAUCUACAGAAUCCAAUAUUCAAUCUAAUACUGAAGACAACAUAUUAAAUAAAGAUAUAAAUGUACAAUCUAAAACUGAUGACGAAAACUUAAAAGAACUCAACCUAACAAUUUCUCAAGAACAAUCCUCUAAAACACUGACCGAGGAAACUGAAACGAUUUCGAAUGAAAAAUUGUCUACAGAAUCCAAUAUUCAAUCUAAGACUGAAGAAAACAUAUUGAAUGAAGAUAUAAAUGUACAAUCUAAAACUGAUGAGGAAAACUUAAAAGAACUCAACGAAACAAUUUCUCAAGGACAAUGCUCUGAAACACCGACCGAGGAAACUGAAACAAUUUCGAAUGAACAAUUAUCUACAGAAUCCAAUAUUCAAUCUAAGACUGAAUACAAUAUAUUAAAUGAAGAUAUAAAUGUACAAUCUAAAACUGAUGAUGAAAACUUAAAAGAACUCAACGAAACAAUUUCUCAAGAACAAUCCUCUGAAACACUGAUCGAGGAAACUGAAACAAUUUUGAAUGAACCAUUAUCUACAGAAUCCAAUAUACAAUCUAAAACUGAUGAUGAAAACUUAAAAGAACUCAACGAAACGAUUUCUCAAGAACAAUCCUUUGAAACACUUAUCGAGGAAACUGAAACAAUUUUGAAUGAACAAUUAUCUACAGAAUCCAAUAUUCAAUCUAAGACUGAAGACAACAUAUCAAAUGAAGAUAUAAAAAUACAAUCUAAAACUGAUCACGAAAAUCAUGAACAAUCCUAUGAAACACUGGCCGAUGAAACUAAAACAAUUUUACAUGAACAAUCUUCUGAAACACUGAUCGAGGAAACUGAAACAAUUUUGAAUGAACAAUUAUCUACAGAAUCCAAUAUUCAAUCUAAGACUGAAGACAACAUAUCAAAUGAUGAUAUAAAAAUACUAUCUAAAACUGAUCACGAAAAGUUAAGAGAACUCAACGAAACAAUUUCUCAUGAACAAUCCUCUGAAACACUGGCCGAGGAAACUAAAACACUUUUGAUUGAAUCCUUAUCUACAGAAUCCAAUAUUCAAUCUAAGACUGAAUACAAUAUAUUAAAUGAAGAUAUAAAUGUACAAUCUAAAACUGAUGAUGAAAACUUAAAAGAACUCAACGAAACAAUUUCUCAAGAACAAUCCUCUGAAACACUGAUCGAGGAAACUGAAACAAUUUUGAAUGAACCAUUAUCUACAGAAUCCAAUAUACAAUCUAAAACUGAUGAUAAAAACUUAAAAGAACUCAACGAAACGAUUUCUCAAGAACAAUCCUUUGAAACUCUUAUCGAGGAAACUGAAACAAUUUUGAAUGAACAAUUAUCUACAGAAUCCAAUAUUCAAUCUAAGACUGAAGACAACAUAUCAAAUGAAGAUAUAAAAAUACUAUCUAAAACUGAUCACGAAAAGUUAAGAGAACUCAACGAAACAAUUUCUCAUGAACAAUCCUCUGAAACACUGGCCGAGGAAACUAAAACACUUUUGAUUGAACCCUUAUCUACAGAAUCCAAUAUUCAAUCUAAGAUUGAAUACAAUAUAUUAAAUGAAGAUAUAAAUGUACAAUCUAAAACUGAUGAUGAAAACUUAAAAGAACUCAACAAAACAAAUUCUCAAGAACAAUCUUCUGAAAUACUGAUCGAGGAAACUGAAACAAUUUUGAAUGAACAAUUAUCUACAGAAUCCAAUAUUGAAUCUAAGACUGAAGACAUCGUAUCAACUGAAAAUUUAAUAAUACUCAACGAAACUAUUUCUGAAGAACAGAUCCCUAAAACACAAACGGAACAAUGCUCGACAUCUACGGAGGAUAGAUUAUGUGAUAUGUUACAGGGAAGUCAUGUUGAUUUACCAAACUAUGAACUUCCUUUCUCAGACGAAAAAGCAUUGAAUGAAUCAAUCUCUUCUAAGACAGAAAAUGAUUUAGAUUCUACAAAUAAUGAACUUGCAGAAUAUAACAUAAGAUCUAAUUCUGAUGAAAAGGUAUCAAAUGAAAAUGCAAAACCACUCAACGAAAUGAUUUUAACAGAGCAGUGCCAGGAAACACUUAUUAGGCCAAAUAUAAUAUCUUUGGAAGAAACCCCAUCAGAUAUAGCAUUGGAGAAUAAUUCAGAUUCUACAAAAAGGGAAAAAGUACUCGAGUGUACAGAACCCAUAGUGGUACUAAAAGCUGAAAAUAAUAUUUCAGAUAAAAAUUCAAAUAUACUCGACGAUACAAGUUCUCAACAACAAUACUCUGAAACAAAGACCCAACAAAACAAUUCGGUUUCGGAAGUCUUUGACGAAAUAAUUUGUAAAGAGCAAACCACUGAAAUACAGACUUUAACAAGUGCAAUAGUUUUAGAGGAACACUCAUCUGAUAUCCCACUACAAAGUAACACAGAUUCACUGAAUAGUGAUGCCGCACUAGUGUGUACGGAAUUAAGUGUUGAAUCCAUAACAUCAAGUAAAAACUUAAAAUGCCUUGAUGAAACAAUUUCCGAAAGGAAAUAUUCUGAGGCAAAUGGAAAUUUAAAAGUACCAAUCGAAACGAUUUCUCAAGAGCAAUCCUAUGAAUCGCAGAAUGAACACGAUAGAACCGUUACAGAAGAACAGUUAUCUGCAGAUCCUAAUGUACUGAAAAGUAACUUAAAUUCUUUAACAAAUGAAUCUGCAACUUCGUGUAAAGAAUCAUUAGAAGAAAAAUCAUCUGAUAUAUCGAUGAAUAUUAAUUCAGAAUCUUCAAAUAUUGAAGCUGUAUCGGAGUCUAUAGUGUGUUCUAAAUCUGAAUAUAAUUUAUUAAAUGCAACUCUAAAAGUAAUCGAUGAACAAUCAUUUGAAACACGUAGUGACAAUUCUAAAGCUAUCGACGAAAAAAUUUCUAGAGAGGUGACUUCUGAAACGCGAACGGAAAAUACUGUAACAGUUUCGAAUGAAACUAAUUCAGAUUUAUUGAACACUGAAACUGUAUCCGAGUGUACAGAUUAUGAAUUCGAAUCUAAAACUAAAAAUAAUAAAGCAGACGAAAAUUUGAAAAUACUUAUCGAAAAAACUUCCCAAGAAAGAUCAUCUGAAACACAGAUCGAACAAAUUAAAACAGUUGCAGAAGUACAAUUGUCUACAGAAUACAAUUUGCAGUUAAAGACUGACAAUCAAUGUUCUAAGGAGGAAGCGGAACAAAAUGAAAUGCCUUCGCAAGAACACAUAUCUGAUAUACAAAUGCAUUGUAUUUGUGAACUCACAAAUAGUGAUACCCCAUCUGCAUGUUCAGAAUCUAUAACGAAAGUACUCAAUGAAAUAAAUUCUGAUUUAGAGUUAGGACUAAUUGAAAAAAAAUCUGCAGAACAAUCAUCUAAAAUAGUAGUGGAUAUUAAUUUAGACUCUACGAAGAGUGAGGAAUUGAUUGUUCCUUCAAAAUUCAACGUGCAAAUUAAAACUGAAAAUAAUUUAUCAAAUAUUUCAAAUGAUAGUUCAACUGAAAUCGACGAUACAAUUUGCAUAGAACAGGAAUCCAAAACUGAGAAUAAUGCACUGACUGAACAAAUUUCUGAAUUACCACAUGAGAAGAGUAAUGAUAUAGUUUCAAAAGAACAAAUAUUAGAGGACGAUGAUAAUUUGGAAAAUGCUGAAUGUUGCACUAUAGAAUCAACGUCUGAAUACCCAUAUUCUAAUGAACAGUUAAAACAAAGUGAUUUAGAGCCAAAAACAAAAUAUUUAGAAUUAGAAGUACUUGAUGAAACAAUUUUGACUAACCCAUCAGCGGAAAUGCCUCAGUCUUAUGAUACUCCUACAGAUCAAAAAGUUUUAACUUUAGAAACAGUACAAACAGAACAAUUGUCUGAAAAAGUGUUGGAUAAAAAUUCUGACAAAUCAUUACCUGUUUCUUCAGAGCAAAACAAAAUUGAAGAUAAUGUAUUAAAUGAACAUUUAAGGAAACUUGAUGAAAUAAUUCUAAAAGACCUUACAUCUGAAACACGUAUGGAAGAAAAUAAAAAUGAAAUUGUUUUCAAAGAAGAAUCAUCUGAAAUACUUGACAACUCAGACUCUACGCAUAAUAAAUCCUUGUGUGCGUGUUUUGAAAGUAAAUCUAAACGCAAAAUUGUUGAUGAAUUAGUACAAGAAAACUCUGAUCAAAAUGUUUUACUGGGUUGUUUUCCUAGAGUUUUAUGUUCUUGCCUUGAACCUAAUAAGCUAUCCGAAACAUAUAAUAAUACAUCAACAUGUAAACAUUUAAUAAGUGAAAAGAUUCCUUUUGAAAAAUCAGCCUGUCAAGAUUCGGAACUUGAUGAUAUUAAAGCCAAAGAACUCCCUUCCGAAAUGCAGCAAAAGAAUGUUGCCUUGGAGCCAUCUGAAAUACCCUUAGAAGUUAUUUCAAACUCGACAGAUAUUAAUCUUAUAUCCCAAGGUUUAGAAUCGUGUGUAGUGCCAACAAUUGAGGACAUAUCUUCAGCAAAUAAUGAGACAUUAUCCCCGAAUUCGGAUGUAAAAACUGAAAAUAAUUCUACGGAAGAUCCAGCUGAUAUACAGCUGCAGAAUAACGACCAAUCUAAGGAUAAAACCUCUGCAAAUAAUGAUGCUUUAUUCCCAAUUUCAGAAUCAAAAAUUGAAGACAAUUCAGCAGGAGAACAUUCAGUCAUAGACACUGAAACUGUUGGGAAGAAAACUUCUUCUAACAAUUCAGAAUCAAUAAAUGAUGACAUUUCCGUCGUAGAGCAUUCAUUCGUAAUCACUGAAAAUGUUGGGAAUGAACAGUCUAAAAUUGAACAGGAAACUUCUUUAUCCGAAGAGUCUAUCGUGCAAUCCGAAAGUGUAGAAAAUACAUUAGAUGAACAUUCAAAAGCAAGUGAUAAAUUAAAUUCUAAUGAAGAAUCUGUUGAAAUAAAGUCAGCUAAAAUUAUAUCGCCUACAAAUGAACAAACAGCUGAAGUAGCGCCAAACACCAAAGAUAUAUUAAAAGUAGUUGACGAAUCGCCUGUGCCACCAAUCUUACCAGAAGCAUCGGAAGCUAGCAAUACUACACAGGCACCAGAUGUGCAUUAUAAACCAGCUGAACUUACAGUUUCAUUAGAUGAUUCCCCUACAAUAUCUAGACAAAUUACAGUCGUAAAAAUUGAAAACGAAGAAAAAGUUGAGGAGGCCAAUAAUAAAGCAGCAGAUUCAAUUCUAUCUGCCACCAACCAACCACCAGGUUCUAUAGCAGAACGUGAAUACAAAAAAUGGUAUAAUGCUGUCGAAAUGCCUAAUAAUCCAUAUGCUCCCGAAGCUCUGAAAAGACGUAUCAGUGGUAGCCAAGAACGCUUCAUCGAUUUACCAAAUAUAAGUCCAACAAACGAUCUUAAUACUUUGGAGUUACUAAAUAAUCAGAAACUAGAUGAAGAUGAAAACACGACUCGUGAAAGUGAUUAUAAAAGGUAUAGUCGAGAUUACUACAUCAAUAGCAGUUUAACAACGCCGCAAACAUCACCAGCAAGAGAUGUUUCUGCACGUGAAACUAAGGAUAUCCGAGAGCCUGCAAAGAAAACACUAUCAUCUAAAGAAACAGAAACUGAACUUGAUUUAUAUAAAGCCAUACCAGCUCAAGUGGUGGAAAACAACUCAUCUUCCACGGACUCUAUGCCUUUACUGUCAGCUGAAUUAGAAACAAAUACAACGACAACAAGUGAUGAUUCUGAUACGAUAAAAAUAUAUGAUUUCCAAACACAACAGGAAACGAAGACAACCAUAAAGGAAUCUGCGGUAGCAGAUAGAGAACAACCCACAGUUGAUGAUGUUAAUUCCAAAGAAAGACCCUGUAGUUUGGCUUUUAGUAGAUCGGAAAGUGGUGGAAAUAUUAUAACUCCAACACGUGGUGCUACACCACAGGCAUUCAAAUUUUUACAACCAAAACGCAAAUUGCUGGAACCUAGUCAAGUGUUGUCAGUGGAAGAAGAUGAAUCGCAGGUUGUGACUAGUCCGUCGGAAAAACCGGUUAUUGAAGCUGAUGUUGCAAAGGCACUGCCAUCGGUUAAAGCUUUAGCAAAAGCUUUUCUGAUGACAACAAAUACCAAACAACCAGAAAAACUUUGGCUUCGAAAGGCUAGAACGUUAUCACAAGGUGGAAAGAAACGUUCUUGUUCACCUAAAAGAUCACUAGAUCAUAUCAUGCGAACAGAACAGUUAAAACCAGAAGAUGAUUUAACCAUAACCUCCGAUUUAUCAUCACUUGAAACUGAUUCGUCCUCCGUUGGUCUUGAAAUUGCUACUUCUUCAGACUUAACGUCAUCGGCAAUAUCUUCAACUAACGAUCCAUCUCUUCCCGCAAAUACGUCAAAUAUAAGUCCAGUUCCAGUACGUCAAGGAGUUCUUAAAAACAAUAUUGCUUUCUUUGAAAAUUUAAAGAAUAAAUAAUUAUUGAUUUAUAUAAAUAUACAUACAUGUCAUUACUUAUAAGUAUUACAGCUCUGAGAAUUGUUUUUAGUUGUAAAAAAUAAUAAACUCAGUGGAUUUUCAUUUUUUGCAAAUUACACAUUUAGGUGCCAUUAAACGAUUUAAAAAUUCUUUUUGUACUUAUUUACCAAAAUUUGUAUUGAAUGUUUCAUAUUUAAAUAGUAAAACAUACUAUGUAGUAGAAUAAGUGUUAUGAAAGAAUAAUUAAUUAUUCUGUUUUUAAUUAGUUUUAAGUUAUUCAAUUUUAUGAAACCCAAAAAUGUAUACCAAAUUUGAUUUAUUAAAAUAAAUUUAUUUAAGAA